AACGACUCCGCCAUGCCCAACCCACAUAGUGGACAUGCGCAUCCGAAAAGCAAGGGAUCCAUGGGCUCAGACAUCUCCAUGUCUCUAAUUACAAUGACAACGCCUCGGUGCGCACUGUCGGACCGGCGAAAUUCAUCUAUGCGCAUGCGGCGCGGGAUGCUCUGAAUUGCUCGCCCCGGAGCCUAUCAAUCCAGAUGAGAAGGCGGUGGCGCGGCCGAUUGCAUGGUUUGACCAGCGAUGAUUCGAGAUGAACAACAUCGCGGUGAGGGGUGCAAAGACAGGAAAUGUCAAGGUCUGGGCUGAGGAAACAGAUAUAUAAGAUGCGAUGCAACGACGACAUGUUGGGAAGAUCAUCAGCUUCAACUCACUUCUUCUCAACACAACACUUUCAGACUACAGUCGCAAGAUUCUCGUUCAAAUAACUCUUCCACCUCAAUCGCACAUUCGCCUAUUAUCACCAUCACCACCAUGCGUUCCACUUCAGUCGUCGCUAUGCUCUUGAGCAGCACCGCUCUCGUCGCGGCCAACCCUCUUGGCACUACCCUCAACUUCAACCUCGACAAUGAGGUCUUCACAAGUCUGAUCGCCAAACGACAGAGCGGCGGCGACACAACCGCAGCAUGCCAGUCCAAAUUGCAGGCAGCCUGCACCCCUGGCCAACAAGCCGCCUGCUACCAGGCCGCGUGCAGCUACGAGUGUAUCGUCGACGACGCCGAAGGCAAACGCUGCUGCAGCGAGAGCGGCAAGGAUCUGACUGCCCUGGAAACCUGCCUCGUCAAACUCUUUCCACAAAACAGUACAACUGCGACCGGCUCUGCAGGCCCCACAGGCGCUGCCAACGCCACUCGCGCGGGUACCACUGCGGCACCGACAUCCAAGCCUACUGGCCCUUCCACUGGAUCCAACACCACCUCGCCAAACGCCGGUGAGCGCAUCGGUGGUGGUGCUGUUCAGUUGGGCAUGGCCGGAACCGCUUUCGCCUGGGCUCUGUCUCUCCUGCUUCUCUAAGCGUGAGAGCAAGAACGGCAUGCGCUGCUACCACGACAUUCGACGAUUAUUGUGCUCACAUUAGCAAGCGAUGGAUAUAUGUUGAAUUUGUGUGGCUCCUGUGUUGAUUUUAUCUGUACGCGAUUAUAGCAUUGAAAUUUCCAAAAUCGUUGUUGCAAAUGAUUAUUUCGCAUCA